AUGCCGUCCUAUCUCCCGAUAGAACUAUGGAUACUCAUUGUCAAGAGCGCGGUUGCAUUGCCUGUGAACCGAAAUUGGUUUAAUCCUCGUUCAGGCAACUUUGAAUGCGUAAAGGGCCUUGCAAAGAGCUCAGAAACAUUCACAGAAAUAGUGCAGGCGCUGAAAGAUGAAAUACUAGUCCUUUCGUUCCCGGGAAUUGAGCAAGUUAGUCCCAGUUCAGCACGUCGAGCAAAGCACCUUGACAUAGUUGACAACAGUCGCCUUUUGGGAACGCCAGUCCUCGACAGGAUAGCAGGAUUCUCACAACUUACAUCAUUAUCACUCUCAGCACAAGAAGAGCCCAUAAAUAUUCUCUUGUGUCUCCAAUCUCUUGACGUCUCCCGGACUCUCCAAUCUAUCGACGUGGAAGGAGGAUGGGCAAGAAUGUUUCAUCUCGGAGAUUAUCCAAAGCAUUUCUUCCCAUCGACAUCACUGUCUUUUCCAAACUUGAAACGGUUGCGUCUGCGCCAUAUGGGACUAAUUCCGUUCUGUAGGAACUCGUUUCAAGAGCAAGUUAUGAGGGAUGUGGCAUUAUUCUUUAGUGGAUGUAGUGAUCUCCAACUUAUAUCCAUUCACGUCCCUUUGGACGACGCGGAUGACUUUUACGGGCUGCUCAAUGUUCAUCGGUUCUUGCUUGACCACAUUGUACCAUCAGAAGGGUACGAACGGGACAUGACUAGCUGUCCAAUAUGCUUUAAGGCCUACAACCAUGCCCGUGUCGCACGGGCAGAGAACUCGGCAACGCGUAUAUUUGCGGAGAAACUACCAAAUCUUUCAGAGAUCCGUUGGAUGAACAUAUGGGCUGAUUCACCGGAAGAGGGCCAUCAACGACAAAUCAAAAUUACACGUCAGAGAGGCGCUAUAACUUUGACGAGCGAUGAUGGACGCUGGAAGACGUUCAUCGACUUGUAG